UUGUUGUAUAAUCGAAGCGUCACGACUCGCGAUCGCGAAUCGUCGUGGAAGGUCGUGUCGUAGAAAAAGGCAAAUGGCCGCCGUGGCGCGACGAAAGACUCGCAAGUUUCUACACGCGAGAAUUAUCCGGCAUGUAAAAAAUUAUUAAGAAUUACGCGAACCAAACAUCCCGUGAUGUGAGGACCGCGAGUGGUUUUCUUCUUUUUGUUCGCCGGCGAUGAGCGUCGUCGAUGAUAAUAUCGGCACGGUGAUGAAAUCGGUGUCGGAAGGUGAGCUGGGCGUGGAAGAGGUUAAACCCAGCAGGGACCUAAAAACCCGGGACUCAGGAUCUCGGCUAAAACGGACUUUCACCCUCCCCAAGAACCCGUUCCAGGGUGGCACAAGGAUGUCAAGACGUCCGAAACAUCCUCGCGACUCAAAGGAAAACGCUCUCAAUUCCAAGGAAAACAGUCUCAACGCCAAGGAAAAUGUCAGAAACAACAUGCAGAUUGAGCAGCGAACACAGAACCUGCAGCAGGUCCCCAGGUCCCACACUAAUUACAUCUACAAUGAGAGAAAUGGUGCGAAGAAGGUUUUCCGGACGCCUUCCAUAAGGAGGAUUUUUAGGCAGCUUGUGCAACGCGUGGGAGUGCAAAACAAAAACUUGUACAAAAAUGAACUUAGCUCAAGUAGUGCAAGUGACCUCAGGGUGCCUCCACCUAGGCCUCCGCAUAUACCUUCAGAUCGUGUUCCUGGUGUUACAGGACUCAGGAAUCACGGUAACACGUGUUUUAUGAACGCAGUGCUUCAGUGUCUGUCACACACCGACAUCCUUGCGGAGUAUUUUGUGCUCGACCGAUACAAGGAUGACCUCUCCAGGAGGAACAAGAUUAAUUCGAAGAAGUACGGUACCAAGGGUGAGAUCACGGAGCAAUUGGCACUGCUUCUUAAAGCGAUUUGGAGCUGUCAAUAUGAUCCUGAAAUGAGCACGGCAUUCAAGAGUGUCGUGGAUAAGUACGGCAGCCAGUACAGGGGCAACCUGCAGCACGAUGCCCAGGAGUUUCUGCUUUGGUUGCUUGAUAAAGUUCAUGAGGAUCUUAAUACUGCGACCAAAAAGAAGUACAAGAUUAUCAAGAAUUCGUUUGGAAGGCCAGACGAAAUUGUCGCAGAGGAGACCUUGUUCAACCACAUAAGGUGCAACAACUCUUUUGUUCAACAUCUUUUCCAAGCACAAUUCCGGUCGAGCUUAACAUGUCCGAAGUGUAAACAACAGUCAAACACUUUCGAUCCAUUCCUCUGCGUCUCGGUUCCAGUACCUCAAAAUCAUCGACAGAUCAAUCUUUUUGUCAACGUUCUCUACACUUCACAGCAGCCCCGACAAGUUAGGAUUGGAGUCAGUGUCAAUCAAGCAGCAAACGUCAAGGAACUGAGAGAAAUCCUCGCAAGUGAUACUGGAAUCGACGAGAAUCACAUGCUUCUCACUGAAGUAUACGACGAAGGAUUUCAUAGGACCUUUUCCGACUGUCAACCGCUCUCUGUGAUCACUGAAAAUGACCCUCUCUACUGCAUUGAACUCCCUCAGCUGAAGGAACCAACUGAGCAGGCCUACAUCCUCCUAGUCUGGAUCAAUGUCCUGGUAAAAGGCGACCUUCGAGAAAGAUUCGGAAGUCCGUACACGAUGCAAAUUUCCCGAGAGACUUCCUACGAAGACCUUCAGAAGCUCCUUCUCAAGGAAAUGCACACAACCCUCGCCGAUGACGUCCUAACAUCAAGUCAGAAUCCUGGACUCUUCAAUAUCCGAGUCGCCGAUCCAGUCGCGACUCCCAUUCAGGACGAGCAUCCCUGCAUAGACCCUUGCGUCGAACAUCCACUCUACACUGAACAAAUCGAACAAGCCUUGGCACUUUGUGCCGACGACUCUGGUCCUCAACACGUCAAGUUGAUUCUCGAAUGGGAUGAGUCUGCCAAAUCCAGCAUCAUCCAGGACGACUCGGACCAGAUCGAAGAGCACGCAAGCGUGAAACAGCUGAAGACCAACACCGAACUCGGAGGCACCGUUACACUCGAAGAGUGCUUCGAUUUGUACACUCGAGAGGAGACCUUGGGGGCGGAAGACGCCUGGCACUGUCCUUCCUGUAAUCGAAAACAGGAGGUCGUGAAGAAACUUGGUCUUUGGACGCUGCCUCACAUCCUUGUCAUCCAUCUCAAGAGGUUUCGUCAGCAGUCGAAGCAAAGAUCGACCUCGAAAUUAACGAUGUUGGUCGAUUUUCCCCUCUAUGGAUUCGACAUGACGCCUCAUCUCGCUCACAAUGGAAUCCAGUCGCACAAUAUCGCGAAUCUCGGAGUUAUCGGCUGGUCCCCAUGGAAAAAGCCGCGACCGCGACAACAGCAACAGCAGCAGCAGCAGAAUAUUUCCAAGUAUGACGACAACGUCUAUGAUUUAUAUGCUAUUUGCAAUCAUCAUGGACAGGAUCUUCAGGGAGGACACUACACGGCUUUCUGCAGGAAUCCGUAUGACACUCAGUGGUAUUGCUUUGAUGACACGAGGGUGGAAGCCGUGACGGAAACGAACUUGAUCACCAACUCGGCCUAUAUGCUCUUUUAUCAGAAGAGGCAGAAUAAUUCGACUGGGAACUCGUCGGCGGCUUCAACCAGUUCUGCGGGGUCGGGACUUGAUCACUGGGUUUCGAGGAUGCCCCCGUUCUAUUUUAAUAACAAGAACAGCUGUAAUAUUGGUAGUAAUAAGCAGAGCAAGUCGCAGGAGGUGCUCUGCCAAGAGAAGAUUGUCGAGGAGAAAAAUUUGAAUAACUUUAAUCGGGGAUGCAGAAAUUAUGCGACGUUACAACCGCAGAAGAGGAAUGUUGCGACGGAGACGGAUUGUGGGGAGGUGGACCGAUACUCGGACGUUGAGGCUCCUACGGACUUUCCAUCGAGGAGGGAUUGGGCAUCACCGAAACCUGUGAGACGGACCUCGUCGAUCACUCUAACUCCUCACGUUCCACAGGCAAUAAUUCAGAAUGCCAACAGUGAUUCAGACACAACAGUGAUACACGAAUCAACAUUGUAACACACAAUUUAAGCCAGACACCUCACGUCUGGCUCGAGCUUGGCUCAACGAGUGCCUAGAAGCUGGCGUUUCCGUUAAGGCUGAACUCAACGCAAGUAGAGAGAAAAAACAAAACAAAAAAAAAGACAAUUCAGUAGCCCCUAAGGCACUUUCUCAAGAACGCAUCAAUAUUUUUAGCCUGGCUAGAAUUUGAACUCCGAUCUUUCGCUCAGACUUUGUACAAUUCCUGAUUCCUAAUAAUACUAUGGCAGACAAAAAGAAAAACAAACAAAAAACAAGCCAAACUACAACUACAACGAGAGAUAAUUCAAAAAGUUUUUGCUUUUCUUUGAAAUUCUAUUUCUAUAUGCGUCGAGGAUAGAGAGCGUGUUUUUGGAAAAUGAUAAGUUCGAGGCAUUAGCGAAUUUCAUAUUUAUAGUGUAUUUGUACGGAUCGCGUGAGUUGCUAUUACAAAAGUGUAGAUGUUAAGGUAUUUUCACGAGGAGAGUGUGUUGAAAUCUUGAUAUCCAAUAGAGCAUUUGUAAACCUGGUAAAUUGUCCCCACUAAAGUGUCAAUGUGAUUGUCGGUUUGCAGAAAGUCCGAAAAAAAUAUAUAUAUAGAAUAGAAUAGAAUCUGAUUUUAUUUGACUUGUGUAAAAUGCGUGUUUUGUGAUUUGUAAUUUGUAAUACGAGAUUUGAGAUUUGACUUUGAUAGCACGUGUUGGGUUAUUCUUUUAAAACCGAAACUUUUGACAAUAAAUAAGCGAUUGCUUGAGGGUUUGAUUUUAAUCGAUUUAGUGUGACAUUUUUAGGACAAAGCAAAUAAUGCUCAAUCUUUUUCGGACACUGGAAUCCGACUUUUGCUCUGAGUCCAGUUUCGCUUAGCUGUAAUAUUUAUAUUGUAUUUUGUAUCACCCACUAGUGGCCUUACAUAAAUAAUCAAUAUCGAUACAUCAAUAAUUCAAUAUUCACACUUGUAUAAUCAUACUAACUAAUUAUUUUCAGCAUUUUUUUUAUUACGGUAUGAGAGAAAGAAAAAAAAAUGUCGCGCGAGGGCCACUGGGCCAAGAAAUGGGAAACAAUUAUGGGAAAUGGCCUUUUACAAGUACUUCUCUUCCAAUCUUCAAUGUUCUUCCACGAUUUAAGACUCGAUGCUUAAAACUCUGCUUUUUUUGUUGUUGUUGUUGUUGUUGUUGUUGUUGUGAAAACAAAUCCGAGAGAAUUAAAGACUUCUCGGCGCAGUGACUUUUCUCCGCGACAAAGGGCACCAAUACUUUUCAGCUAUUUUGUAUUAUUAAAUACUUUUAACCUCUCAAUUUUAAUCACCAUUCCAGUUGUGAGGAGAUUUUGACUUUUGAGACGUGAGAGAGAAUAAAAGUGGGAGAGAAUGUGAACGGGAGAGUAUUAAAUUUAGAGAAAAAAACAGUGAGAAAGAUUUAUAUAGAAGAAAUAUAUAUAUAUGUGUGCGUGUGCGUGUGCAUGUGUGCGCGCGCGCGCGCGCGCGCGUGUGUGUGUGUGUGUGUGCAUUGCGUAUAUAUUCAUAUUGAAGAGAGAGAGAGAAAGAAAAAUAUGUAUAUAUACGUAUGAACAUAGAGAGUGGCAGAUAUUUAAGUUAUUUUAAAGUAAUGUUUACAACUAGUCACACGAAUCGUGGCCAAGGGUAGAGAAACACACGCGAUUUAAAAUAGAAAAUAAAUUGAAGUUCUAAAACGAAGAGGAGAGAUGCAUUCUAUUACCACCUAUUGUGACAAUUAUUAUUUAGAAAAAGUUAUUAUGUAAUCUUGUUAACCGACUGAGGGAUAUUAUCAUUACGAUUGUCGAUACAUAUAUUGCUAAGAUUUUGUUGAAAUAAAUAGAGAAUGUAUAUGUGAA